AUGGAAGUGUACAAGGAGAGGAAAGAGCAUUUGGAGAAGGAAGAAGAAGAUGAAAAGGGAAAGAAGAGUACCAAGGGAAAGACGUUGUUUGAUCCCAUGGCAAAGGCAGUGUUACGUGAAGCCAUCAUCACCAAAUCCCAUUGUGAAGAAGAUGAAGAGAAGAUUGGAGUGAAGGAUGCUGAAGUUGUGCUGCCAGUUUGCUCGUGCCUGCCGCCUUGUCUCCCUCUCAUCGGUUUCCUGGGCAUUGCUUUCAAGUUCGCCGAGAUAGAAUUCUCUGCUAAGGUUGAUAAUCUCAUGGAAGCAUCAAUGUAUGUUAGUACACUAGAUGCUAUGAUUGAUCGUGAAAUUGGGUUGAAUUGUGCGAAGAGCUCGAAUAGUAAUUCAAGAAACCUUGUUCGAGUAAAGCGUUCAAUUGACAUGCUCAAGGUGAUCUUCGAACAAAUUUUAGCCAAGAGAGGAAACUCCAUCAUGGGUCCAGUUUCCACAGCAUAUCAACAGGUUUUUGCUCCCUACCAUGGCUGGGCUAUCAGAACAGCAGUUUCUGCUUCAUUACCGACUCUUCCUAGAAAGGCAAGGCUCAUGAAGAAACUGAAUGAAAAUGGUAAGUCCAUGUGA